GAUUAGGAAAUCUAAUGUGUUCAAAAUGUCGACAGAGAAUUCUCUCCUCUCUUGCUUCACAGCAUGCCAAAUUCAGAUCAUACUUUAAUCUUCUUUCUGGGGAGUGGGUGUGAAUACAAAUAGGUCAGUAGCCCGGCCCCCGCCUCCCCUCUUUAACAGAGCAGCCAGCAACAGCAGCAGAGACGCUGUGACGUGCUGGGAGAGCGUAAUGCCACCAAGCCUGGAGCUGCCUCUCAGAAUAAACGCACAUCUGACAGCGCUGCCUCACGCUCCUCCUGGCCGUCCUUUUCCUCCCCCGCUGUUUGCAGCCAGAAAACAGAGCGCGAGAGGCUGCCGAAUGAGGGAAGGCAAGAGAGGAGCAGGAAAAAAAACAACAACAAGAGGACUGGAAAGAGAACGUAGGAAGAGAAGACAGCAUGCGUGAAUCAAAAGAGAAAGAGUGCAGAGGAGCAUGAAAAUGGAAAGAGGAAGAGAAACUGAACAGAGAUGUGAAGCCCGUCUGAUGACUACUGCUGUGAUUAACACGUCUUGACUAUGGUGAUGAGGACCCACGGCUGCAGCUAACCAUCACCUACAGCCUCCUCCGCUUCUUUCUCCUCCAGCCACAGGCAGCUGCAUCGCGGCAGCGUCAGAACGAGCCUCGGGGGCCGGAGAGGGGGAAGGAGGGGGGACAAUGCAUCAAGACAGAUGGAGAGAUUGCAACACUUCAGCUCUUUACGUACGCUCAGCUGAUGUGUGAGGGGAGAGCGGCGGCUACGCGACCGGAUGAAUGCGUCGUUUUCCCACUCCAAAUAGCAGGAUGGUGAAAAGCGAUCGGUCUGAGCUGCAGCAAGAAAACAGGAGGGUUCAUCGUGGGCUCUGGAGGAAACGAGGGAGGAUAUGAGCCGUCCGAGCCUGCACUGCACGGCUGUCAUUCAACAACGGAUAAAAAAGGAGAAAAUACCAACGAGGUGAAAUUAGCAGACCUUGCAGUGGCCUGCUACAGAAUUACCCGCUUUUAACGGAGCCUACAGGAUGUGAAGGGUGUGUCAACUUAAGAGGGAAACAUUUCUGUUUCUCUGUUUUGAUUCGUCAAGAUGAGAUGAAACUCUUCAGUUCUCACUGUCCUGGUGAAACCCUUUAGUUUCAGGAAACGGUAGAGAACUGCUUACUUCUGUUAACAUGAGUAAACAUGAGAAGUCAAAGCUCACUCAGCUUCAGGCUGCUGCUGGUGGUGAUGAUACAGAGAGUCAGUCUUUUGGGGAAUCAAAGCGAUCUACGGCUAAGGAAGUCAUGCUCUGGGUUUUAGCUUUCUGAACAACGUACUUCUCUCCGCCAGACAAAGAUCAAAGUUCUGGUUAUCUCAUGGUGCGGGCACAGAUGUAAAUAAAUACUGCAGAGUGAACAACCUUUAAACCCGACACAAACUCUUCACUUCUGUGAUCAGAGAGCGGCUGAAGGACACAGAACAAUGCAGUGGAGACGACGCCACUGUUGUACGCACACGGCCAAACUUCUCUAUCUCCUCUCUCUGCUGGGAUUCCUCGUGUUUCUGGUCCACCAAGUGUGGCUCCCCAAGCUCUCUGGGAUCCCGUGGUGGAGGGGCUACCCUGUGGUGUACGGAGGAACGGGGCUUCAAACCGCUAGGAGCAAAUGGAACGGCAGCACCGCACACUCAGCGUGGAGGUUUGUAAUCGUUCCCCAGGGAACGUUGAUGACCAGUGCCAACAUCAGUGUUUCUUUUCAUCGUAGCAACGCCGGCUUUGAGGAUAAUUUGACAGGCAACAGCAGCCAGAGGCAAUUGGGAGCCCUGAAUGCUACUCUGACCCACGGACCUUUCCCUUAUGUCAUCAACGAGCCAGAUAAAUGCCAACAGUGCAAACUUGCCCCAUUUCUCGUCCUGCUAAUUGCCACUGAAGCUCGUCAGGUGGAAGCGAGGAACGCCAUCCGGCAGACUUGGGGGAAUGAGAGUGUUUUCCCUUCCUUGGGAUUUAUCCGACUGUUUCUGCUGGGAAAGAAAGAUGGAGAGCUGGGACUUCUGCAGCAGAAGAUGCUGGAGGCAGAGAGCCGGAGGCAUCACGACAUCAUCCAGCAGGACUUCCUGGAUUCCUAUAAAAACCUGACAAUAAAGACUCUGAUGGGAAUGAACUGGGUGGCAACGCAUUGUCCGACAGCGAGCUACGUGAUGAAAACCGACAGCGACAUGUUCGUCAACACGGAGUACCUCGUCUACAAGCUGCUGCGGCCGGAUCUGAAGCCCAGGAAGAACUACUUCACGGGCAACAACAUGAGAGGCUUCGCACCCAACCGGAACAGAAACAGCAAGUGGUAUAUGCCCCCCGAACUGUACCCGGGUGAAAGAUACCCCACCUUCUGCUCCGGGACAGGUUACGUCUUUUCUGGGGACCUGGCCGAGAAAAUCUACCGGACGUCGUUGAGGGUGCGCCUCCUGCACCUGGAGGAUGUGUACGUGGGAAUCUGCCUGGCCGAGCUGCAGAUUGAGCCUACGCCUCCGCCCAACGGCUUCCUGUUCAACCACUGGCGGGUGGCGUACUCCAGCUGCAAGUACAGCCACCUGAUAACGUCACACGGUUUCCAUCCCAAUGAGCUGCUAAAGUACUGGCAUCACCUUCAGAGCAACAAGCACAACGCCUGCAUUGGCACGCUCAAGGACAGGACGAGCAGGGCCCACUCCAGGCUCCGGGACAAACAGGCGCAUUUACUGAAACAAUAGCUGUUACCAUUGACCGUAUAAUUGCGCAAUUUGACAUUUUGUAAAUAAAUCUGCUAAUGCAGUUUUCCCCCAAAAAACAGUUUUUUGGUAAGUUUUGGCACUAGAAUGAAGUGGGAUUUUUUUGGCUAUGUUGAACCUGGUUUAUUUCAUAAAACUCCAACAGAAAGACUUUUGCGUCACAUAAAUCACAUGAUUGACAACCAGAUGUUACUGGAGCAACGAAAUGAGAUGACAAGAAGUGGUCAGAGGAUGGCGCCACAUCUUUAAUGGCUUACUGUGAGAACAAACUUAUUUAUGUGUCAUUUUAUUUGUGUUUAUUUUGAUGGAAAUGCCACAAUUGCAAAACAGUGUUUUUUUUGACAUAUGCGGAAUAUUGACAGAGUUUAGCUACUAUUUGUAAUGGAAGUGCAGCUACUGUCGGGUUCAUUUAAACCCUACUGCUCAAUACACCAAUGAUUCCCAUCUGCGAACAAACCUUACUUACUUUGAGAGAAGAUAAACAAAACAUAUAAAAACUGAUAAAAUCCUGUGAAACUGUUGCCAUUUUUUUUCAACUAAUACUGUUUCUACUGGACUGAUUUCCAGCAGAACGUCCAUGUACACAGUGCUGUGUCAUGAAAAGUACACGAUGAAAUGAACAGGCAUGCAGAUGGAGCGACUCUGUAAAAUGUUAAGUCUGCCGUCGAGUUUGAUAAUCUGAAGCAAAUAAACAUUUCCAGCACAACAACCAGUAUCUCAAAAUGGUGAGCAGGUAGCAGGCACUGAAACUAACCAAUCUCAGCUCAGCUAUCUGGCAAUAUUAACAACCAGUUCCAGAAUACUGAAAGAUGUCACAGAAAAUUCCUGCUGGUCUUGUCACAAAUGACAAGACCAGCAGGAAUCAUUAUGGAGACGUUUUGCUUAGCGACACAUUUAUCUUUAGUCAAACUGUUUCCAGUGCUGAACAGGUGCUAGUGCAGCUUAUCACUCUGACGUCAAUAAACUGAUUCACCCAAAACUGAUUGAAGGGUUAGACGAACCAGUUAAAAGUAAAACCAACACAUUAAACAUAAAUAAUGUGGAAAAAUACGCACCAAAUAUUUAAGAAAUUUGCCCCAUGGAAAAAAACAUAUGGUUUACAAAAAGAAAAAAAACAAAAAAAAAACAGUAUAUAUAGAAAGUAUAAGUAAACCUAUUAUUUCACAUCGA